UCGAGUGUUGUUAAAAAUGAAAAUGCAAGAGCAGCAUGGAUCAUCCAAAACUAUGUAAGAGCUCAUGCAUUAUUUCAUGCCGUGAGAUUGGGUCCGUCGUUUAUUAGUGUGUCCGUUGCGCAAGCCAUUAUCACUAAGCGAGGAAUUCUUUCAAGAUAUUUUAUUCAAAAACUUCUUAUUCACUACGGAAGUUAUGAUUUAAAAUUAAUUGAAAAGAAAAUAUCACAUAAUGUCGGACAAUUCGACAUAAGAUCUUUAGAAAAAAAGUCACAUAAACCCUGGGGUAGUGAUUUACAAUUAUCGGUCUUCACAUAUAACCUAUCAGUUGCGAAAAGCCAGUUUGAAACAAGCGAACUGUGUAUAAAAGGCAAUGAUAUGGAGUUGUUUCACUUUCCUUCUGGUGGGCCACAUCCAAUAAGUGAUGCUCCAGAUAUUUUAAAAAAAAACUUUAAUGCCAUUAAAGAUUUAAUACUACAUAUGAAAUUUAUUCCGUUUCCUCCUAGACCAAUAAGGCAACGUGAUUCCAUA